CGUGAACAUGCUGCUUCGUGCUGCUUGUUAUUUUCUCUGGAGCGGAGCUGGCCUUGCUCGUCAACUCGUUUAUUAUGAAUGAUUUGUCAUACACUUGAAUUAGAAAAAGACAAGAAGUAGUGCUCUUUCGACCACGGUAUCUCUACUCGUGAGAUAAGAUAUAAUAUUCCACGAUGAUGGACAAAUGGUUGAAAACGUCGCUGCUGCUCUGCAUCUUCGGCUUUCUGAAGGAAAUUCGACCCUCCGAGCCGUAUGUCACACACUUCCUGGUCGGACAUUGGAAGAACUUCACUACCAAUGAGGUUUAUGAGCAAAUUUAUCCGGUGGGCACCUACUCCACACUGGCUCUUCUGGUAUUGGUGUUUUUGGUCACCGAUUAUGUGAGGCACAAACCGGUCAUCAUCGCUGACGCUGCGUUUGGUAUCGCCAUAUACUCCAUUCUAAUCUGGGGACAGGGCAUUCCUCUCAUGCAGUUCAUGGAGGUGUUGUAUGGAGGAUUCAUGGCUGGCGAGGUCGCCUACUACACAUACAUUUACGCAAGCGUGGACAGAGACAAGUACCAGAUGGUGUCGGGACACACGCGGGCUGCUUACCUGGUGGGCAGGUGCACGUCGGGCGUGAUGGCGCAGGUGCUGGUGUCGACGAACGCCAUGGACUACUUGGAGCUGAACUAUAUCACCCUAGGCGCCAUGAUCGCGGCCACCGCGUGGGCCUUCCUCCUGCCACCUACCAAGUCCAGCAUCUACUUCCACAGGGACAAAAGCAUCGUGCCCUCGCAGGUCGGCGAGGAAAGAGGUGAGGCCUCAACCGCUGAGGAACCUCCUCAGGGUCGGGCUGCUAGGGCGUUUCAUUUCCUGUGGGGUGACCUGAAGGCAGCUUACACCAACAUGUCGGUGGUGAAGUGGUCCUUGUGGUGGGCCCUAGCGACCUGCGGGUACUACCAGGUGUUGAGCUACACGCAGGUGAUAUGGGAGGAGAUAAUCCAGGAGUCUGGCCAGCAGCUGUACAACGGCGCCGUUGAGGCCCUGUACACCAUUAUCGGGGCCCUGAGCGCACUGGCCCUGGGUACGCUGCCCUUGCGAUGGGCCGUUCUUGGCCCGCCGGCCCUCGCCUCGUGCGCCCUCGCGCAGGCGGCCACCAUCUACGCCAUCGCGACCACCAACGACCUCUGGCUAGCCUACGCGUGCUACAUCAUCUGCCUGGCAGCCUACCAGGCCAUGGUCACCAUUGCAAGUUCUGAGAUUGCAAAGCAGCUGAAAGAGGAGAGUUUUGGACUCAUUUUUGGCAUGAACAUGUUCAUCGCGCUCGCCCUGCAGAGUAUUUUGACCCUGGUGGUGAUCAAUUGGCUCAAAGUCCCUCCCAGGGGACAGUUUGUUAUUUACGGAUCGUACUUUGCCGUUCUUGGCGCUGGAUUUGUGCUCGUGACCCUCUACUCAAUGAUCAAAGGCGACUGGCGGGGUGUCACCUUCAAGUCCCUGUGGCUGCCUAAGACGCAGGAAAGAGCCGCGACGAGUCAGUAAGAUGUGUGGUUCUCAAAAAACCGUCAUCUUCGUAGGUACAGCUCAAUUUUAGAAGUCUGAACUUUAGCAAGGAAGCUAUGCGAAAUAAAAAUCUUUUGAGCCUAUUAGACUUGUAAUUAUAAUCUGUGCAGGUAGUAAGCCCCGACUCUAAUAAAUUAUUUGCUCGUGUAUGCUGAUAUUGGAAGCUUGGUAACACCUUCACAUGAUUUGAGUACAAGCCUAGAAAACAUAAUUAGGCAGAUAAAUGAAUGUUUCACUCUGCAUAGUUUCCUUUUUACGUGUUCCUUUAGAUUUAGAGGAAAUAUUUCGAACAACCUAUUUUUCGAUGUUAUGAUAUAAUUUCUGUAUGUCUGUUAAAAAUAAAUUAAUGAUGCUGUUCCAAACAAUAAAAGUUCUGAAAC